CAAACAUCAAUUGAGAGGAAACUUGCAUGCACUUGCUUGGUCAAUUUGAUUCUCGAAUUUGCCAGUACUGCAAUUAUGGAGAGCAGAGUGGAAAGAAAUUGAAGCUAUUAUCAUUUGUAUUAUAUAUGUAUGUUUAUGGUGACACAUGCAGGAUGCUGAAAUGUCUCACAUGUAUCACACCUUUUCUCUGCAUUCAUCAAUUCCAUUCCAACCUUCUAUAUAUAAGUGAGCAGUCUGCAGACACUAAUUGCAUAGGAGAAGGAAUUGAAGAGCAAUCACAGUCGCAGAGCAUUAGGUGCAAGAUGGGUUGGAGAGGGAUUCUAGGCUUUGAAUAUGGCAUAGUUCAAGCACCCUUAGGCCCUGAUAUCUCAGGUCCUCACCUUGUUGCAGCGGUCGCCGAUGCCGGUGGUCUUGGACUUCUCAGGGCCCCUGAUUGGGAAGCACCAGAUUACAUGAGGGAGCUUAUAAAGAAGACUAGGACCUUAACUAAUAAACCAUUUGGGGUUGGUAUCAUUCUAGCUUUUCCUUUUGAGGAGAACUUGAAGGUGAUUCUGGAUGAAAAAGUGGCGGUCUUGCAAAUCUUUUGGGGUGAUUGCACAAGGGAAUUGGUAGCUAUGGCUCAUGCUGCUGGAGUCAAAAUUAUACCUCAAGUUGGGAGUGUGGAGAGUGCAAAACAGGCAAUUGAUGCUGGUGCUGAUGGAAUUAUUGUACAAGGACGCGAGGCUGGCGGUCAUGUCAUUGGUCAGGAAGGUUUAGUUUCAUUGGUGCCGAGGGUGGUUGAUCUUGUUGGCGAGCGAAAGAUACCUGUUAUUGCAGCCGGAGGAAUAGUUGAUGCUAGAGGUUACGUUGCUGCUUUAGCACUUGGUGCUCAAGGUGUUAGUCUAGGAACUAGGUUUCUGGCUACUAAGGAAAGCUUUGCUCAUCCUACAUAUAAGAGGGAGUUAAUUGAACUAGAUGAGACAUAUUACACUGAUGUAUUUGGCAGAGCAAGGUGGCAUGCCCCGCAUCGUGUAAUACAAACACCCUUCUUCAAGGAGUGGAGAAAUCUUCCACCCAAUGAAACUGAAGCCAACCAACCAGUCAUUGGUCAUUCAACAAUUCAUGGCGUGGAGAAAGAGAUAAGGAGUUUUUCUGGUACAGUCCCAAACAAGACAACUACAGGAGAUGUUGAGAGCAUGGUGAUGUAUGCUGGACAAGGUGUUGGUCUCAUCAAGGAAAUCAUGUCUGCUGGUGAAGUUAUAAGGGAGUUAGUUGAAGGGGCUCAGCUCAUAAUGCAGCAAAACUUUCAAAGUAGAUUGUAAAAAAUCUAGUUAAUUAAGUGAGCAAACCAAUUGCAUUCACUUGCUUGGUCAAUUUAAUUUGAUUCUCCAAUGUACCAUAUCUUUAUCCACUUAUGGCAUAGUAGAUCAAUCAUCAAUGUACCAUAUGUCAUUCAAUUAAAAUGUACUAUUCUGGCAGAAUGAAAUUGCCCCUUGAGAAAAGUAA